GAGACGGGCAGCAACUAUACAAAUAGAAUACAAAAAUGUGACAAAUAUCUGAUUCUCUCUCAUCCUUUUGCAAGAGCUGCGCUCUGUAAAACUCCGAUCGCAUCCAAAACUCUCUCUUUCUCUCUCUCCGUUUGGCUUCCUUCCUUUUGAGAGGGAGUCUGAACCCCAAAAGAGGAAGAAGAAGUAAAGGAGCAGAAGAACAAAAAUGGCGCCGCCAGCAGCAGAGGGAGAAGUGCAGCGAAGGCAACCACAGCAGCAGCAAGCUGGAGGCCUUGGGCAGACCGUAACUGGAAUCAUUAGGGUUGCGGUGUUUUGGUACUUUGCUUCUAAAUUCUUCUCUCCUAAAAAACCCUCCGAACCCUCUCUUCUUAUCUCCAAUCUCUUCCAGAAAGGCGAGCCCUUGGAUAUGUGGUUAUACCUUUCUGAAAGUGAAAAGUUCAAUGACUUUGGCAAUGAAGGUGCACUCGUAUGGCAUGAGACUAACAUUCCAUAUGCUGUUUGGGGACCAGAAAGUACCAGGUCUCUUUCUUUGAAGUAUUAUCCAUCAGAGGCUUUAAAGAACAAUGGGAGUCUCUAUGCUCACGUUUUCUUUGCACGCUCUGGUUACCCUCCAGACCCAAAUGAUCCAGAAUACCAGCAUCUGUCUGUGUUUGGGAGGACACAUCCUGUUGUGACGUAUCUUCCCAAGUCAAAUGUGGAUAAGAAGAGGAGUUUAUUGGGGGAUACCAAAGGCACGGAUGAGGCUAAACCAGUGACUCAGGUGAUUGAUGAGCCUGAGGGUGAUUCUAAAGACAAUAGUCCUGUGGAGUGGGUAUCAUAUUGGAAACCAAAUAUUACAAUCAAUUUGGUUGAUGAUUUUACACGAUAUCCUCAUAAUGCUGUGCCACCAAAUAUUGCUCCUUACCUGAAUGUAGAGCCUAGUUCUGGGAACUACUUCCCAACUGUCUUCUUCAAUGAGUUUUGGUUACUGCGGGAUAAAUUGAUAGCAAUAAAUGAGACAGUGACUGAACUGCCAUUUAAUCUGGAGGUGGGUCCCAUAAGCAUGACUAAGUGGCAGUUGUUCUUACAAAUUGAUCAGUCUUUUCAGAUCCACCGGAGUUAUGGGAGCAUGCUUGAAGGCGAGGCUGAUGAGCUGAAGAGGGUGUUCUUGGAAGGAAAUCCUUACCUCUUGGGAAUCACAAUGUUUGUUUCCUUACUCCAUUCAGUUUUUGACUUUUUGGCGUUCAAGAAUGAUAUCCAAUUUUGGAACAAAAAUAAGUCAAUGGAAGGACUGUCUGCAAAGUCUGUUGUUGUGAGCUUCAUAUGUCAACUCAUUGUCUUCCUCUAUCUACUUGACAAUGAUACUUCCUGGAUGAUACUUGCAAGUUCUGGAAUUGGCUUGUGUAUUGAAUUUUGGAAGAUUGGAAAAGCCAUGCACAUUGAGAUUGACAGAACUGGGAAGAUUCCUAUGUUGAGGUUCCGAGACCGUGAGUCCUAUGCAGGGAAUAAGACAAAAGAAUAUGAUGAUAUGGCAAUGAAAUAUUUGUCAUAUGUGCUCUUCUUUCUUGUUGCGUGCUCCUCGCUUUAUUCACUCAUGUAUGAGCGCCACAGGAGCUGGUAUUCUUGGAUUCUCUCUUCCCUCACAAGCUGUGUGUAUAUGUUUGGUUUCAUCAUGAUGUGCCCUCAAUUAUUCAUAAACUAUAAGCUGAAAUCUGUGGCUCAUCUACCUUGGAGGCAGAUGACAUACAAGUUCCUGAACACAAUCAUUGAUGAUCUAUUUGCUUUUGUCAUAAAAAUGCCUACACUACAUCGGCUAUCUGUCUUCCGUGACGAUGUUAUAUUUCUGAUAUAUGUAUAUCAGAGGUGGAUCUAUCCAGUGGACAAGAAACGUAUAAAUGAGUUCGGUUUUGGCGGUGAGGAUGAUCAGCUUACCGAGGGUGCAGAUGCCGCUACUGUAACAGAAGAGGAGAAGAAGACAAACUAAGCUGAUUAUUUAGGGAUCAUUUGAAACUUUUUACAACACACUAGAGUACUUGGUUAGGCUAAACAUGGAUCGUUAGGGUGUUUGUCCCAAUGUUUUUUGUUUUACAUAUUUACGGUAGAUGUUUUUAACAAUACUUCCAGAUGCAUUCGAUGGCCCAGCGGAGUAAGGAAUGUUGAGGCCCCUUGGAUGGGAUGAUCUUGGUAGAUGGUUUGUUUUAAAUUUUGAUGUUAUUGUUUCUAUUUUUUUUUUUUUUUUUUGAAUUCCUAUCCAACGACACAUUUUUGUGAUUCUUGUUUGUCUGCUAUAUUAUUUUUUCCAAUAAUUAUUAUA